AUGGCGUCCGGGCCGGGAGCCGCCGCCGCCGCCGCCGCAGGAGCCGGCGCCAUCCAGGAGGGCUGGUUCCGCGAGACGUGCAGCCUGUGGCCCGGCCAGGCGCUCUCCUUGCAAGUGGAGCAGGUGCUGCACCAGCAGCGAUCGCCCUUCCAGGAGAUCCUCGUCUUCAAGAGCAAAACCUACGGGAAUGUUUUGGUCCUGGAUGGUGUAAUCCAGUGUACGGAAAGAGACGAGUUUUCCUACCAGGAAAUGAUUGCCAACUUACCACUGUGCAGUCACCCAAAUCCACGGAAGGUGCUGAUAAUUGGCGGGGGCGACGGAGGAGUCUUGAGAGAAGUGGUGAAGCAUCCUUCGGUUGAGUCAGUAAUACAGUGCGAAAUCGACGAGGACGUGAUCCAAGCAUCUAAGAAAUACCUCCCGGGCAUGGCCGUGGGAUACUCCAGCCCCAAACUCACCCUACACGUCGGAGACGGUUUUGAAUUCAUGAAGCAGAACCAAGAGGCGUUUGACGUCAUCAUCACAGACUCUUCCGACCCCAUGGGUCCUGCAGAAAGCCUGUUCAAAGAGUCCUAUUAUCAACUGAUGAAGACAGCCCUGCGGGAAGAUGGAAUCCUUUGCUGCCAAGGCGAAUGCCAGUGGUUGCACCUCGACCUCAUUAAGGAGAUGCGCCAGUUCUGCAAAACCUUGUUCCCCGUCGUGGAGUACGCCUACUGCACCAUCCCGACAUACCCCAGCGGGCAGAUCGGCUUCAUGCUCUGCAGCAAGAACCCAAACACGAAUUUCCGAGAGCCGGUCCAGCCGCUGUCCCCAGCGCAAGUGGAGAAAAUGAGCCUCAAGUAUUAUAACGCGGACGUCCACAGUGCUGCUUUCGUCCUGCCCGAAUUUGCACGAAAGGCGCUGAGCACCGUCUGAAAACCUCGCCGGGUGGGCCUGCCCCCUUGCCUCGAGAGCCCCGGGGAUUUUGAAGCGACGUCAGCGUGGCAGAGUCUGUCCGGCGGGUGACCCGGCGGCGCCCCGCCGGCAAAACAUUCCCGACGAUGUAUUUUUCUUUUCAAAGAAGACGCUCUGCCUCCCCGUCCUGCCGAAACUGCAAAAGAAACGGGGAAAAAAACAACUCCAACCAAACCCAGUUCACGCCUGGUUGCUGGCCCAUCGCUUGAGCGGCUGUUCCAGGCCUCCCGAAAGUUCGUGGCGCUCUUUUACCUGCUCUGACGUUCCGCGCAGACUUCUGUAUUUAUAACUGACAAUGGAUCCCGCCCACAGCGCUUUUUAGCAGCUUCUGGGAAGGAUCGGACGCUUUUCUUUGACACUGCCCUGGAAGGCAACAGAUCGGCCGACGGAGGGGAAAGGCCCGGGGGGGGGGGUGUUCUUUGGAGCCCACUUUCAGGUUUUCUGCCCCAUUCGCCCCACCCUUUCUGGGCUCCCCUUUUCGUGGGACGGGUGGCUCCCUCUCUUCAGGCCCACGGACGCCCUCCGCAAAACAAAAUGGCCACCGUGGACCCGGUGUGGGGGGCGAUCGGCUCCCGGAGACGCCCCUCAUGGCAUUUUAACUGGCGGAGUGAAACUCCCGGAGGAGGGGGGACGUUCCCUUCUUAGCACCCCCUUAGCGGUCAGGGCGCUUUCUGGAUUUUGUCCAGAAAGAAGUGUCGAACCGUCUAUAAGAAAAUAUUAAAAACAUGAUUAUUAUUAUUUGUUAAGGGGCAGAGCCUGAGGGGGAACUCUAAGCCCCCUCACCCGGUUUUGUAGCCAUGGCGAUGCCUUUUUUCUUUUUUGACCACCUAGGGGGCACGAAACCCACCCACCCCGGCACCGGCCACUCGAACGGUUCGAAUUGUAUCUCUCUUUCCAUCUCAUCUGCUCCCAAGUUGCUGCUGUAAUCAUGUCUCCUUCCUUUUGGGGGCAGGGUGGGAUGCUAGGAGCUUACCUGUCCUCUCCUGCAUUGCUAGAAACACCUUAGACGACC